AUGCACGCAUCAGAAACACCAACAGCUUUGCUCUUUCGGGAUCUUCAGGGAUAUGUUCCGAUUUCCAGGGUCAUUAGGGAAGGCGACAAUGUCGUUCUACUAACCCCCGUAGUGGCUCCCCCCAUUCGAGGGACACAUGCCGCAGACAGUGGCAACACCAAAGAUCCAUUCGAGGUUUUUGGGCGAGCUCUGCUUGGACAGUCACCACGGCCAAAAGUUCACCAUGUGCCAUACACAAACCGAAGUGGAAUCAGCGAAACUCACCUCGACAUCAUAAAAAACACUGACGCUAAAUUGGUUAUUUUCGUCAUCUCUGGCCCGCCAUUGCCGGGCCAGGCAUCACAAGUCAAAACGGCUGAGUACCUUCAGACUGGUGCUGGCGGCCGGCCGCUCAUUAUCGUCGCAUGCUUCAAUGUGCGCGAGCUCGAUGGGCUCGGGGCUAGUUUCCCUACAGUUGUCCAGACGAGCGGAUAUUCGCCCAGUACUUUGAACCAUGUGACGACUCUCCUCUUCAAGGGCCACCAUAAUAGCAGCCCAGCCAGGAUGCAGAAUUUAGUUCUUGCACCAAAGUCGUGGGAGGUCGCUGUUACAAACAAUCUACUCGACCUACGACCACACGAAGAAGCAAUACAUGACCUCUGGUGUCAGACUUGGGGCAGAGACAUGUCACUCUCACGCUACGAACUACAAUCUCUACUGAUUCGAGAUGGCUACGCAAAACACUACACUGUUCGUGAACCCGAAACAGGCGUCCUUGUCGGAUUUUGUGCGACCUAUACAACAUAUGCCAAUCAAGGGGGAGAGCGGCUUGUGGGGUCUCUAGCUAUGAUCAUUGUCAAGCCUGAACACCGAGGUCGGGGAAUUGGGCGGAGUCUUCACGAUAUUGCCAUCAAGCAGCUUUCCCGAACCAGAGGAGUCUUUCGCCUUCAGCUCGGCAGCACUUUUCCUCGCCUUCUAUACGGACUUCCAGUAGACAGCGCUUCAGAAGGAUGGUUCCGGCGACGUGGUUGGGAUUUUGACCAGACCUCACCGGGCAAAGGACAAGAAGUCAGUGACUGGCACUUGGACUUCAACGACUACCCGAGCCGACAAUAUCCAUCAGCCUCAGGACUAGUAUUCGGCCCCUGCGAACUCUCUGAGUUUCCUGCCGUCCUUGACCUGGUCGCUUCGGAAUCUAGCUAG